CACCGCUCGCCACAGACGCAGACCUCUUUGGAGACACCGGGAGAGAAGGUGUGCGCUGGGUUGGUGGGGCUGGACGACCUGAUCCACCACUUCUACUGAGGUGUUUCCUGACCUCCCUGCCUCACGCUCUGGAGCCAGUGUCCUGCAGUCAGGUUUCAUCCAACAUGAUCCACCACCUUCCUCCGCUGCUCAACCAACACUGUGUAUCUACACACCCUGCUGCCUUUCACACUACGGCGUUAACACAUCCUCCAAGCAGAGCCAGAGGAGCCUCGCGCGUCACCUGCGUCCCGCCUGUCUUCCACAUGACCCACCCAGCUGAAAGGCGCAGGAGCUGGGCCACGGCGCACGUCUCCACCGCCUGGCAGAUUUACUACCAUGAGCAACUCAAGUGUGUCGAGCAGAAGAGGAGCGGCCAUCAUGAAAAAAGCCCACCAACCGUCACCAGACCAGACUCAGAGAGACACAAGGAUCUUGCGACAGAUGCAGGGAAGGAUGGACAGCAACCAGUCACCAGUCCCUCCUCAGAGGUGACCCUUGACCCUGCUCACCUCCACUCAGUCCGGAGGAGGAGGAGAUGCAAGUCUGUCACCUUUGAACCAGUGAGGCGUUUGCGGCAGAAAGUUCUGGAGCAUCCUUACCUCAAGAGUCAAGCUCCUCUUCAGGACGCCCCCUGCAGGCUCUGUGACCCGUUCGCUCAGGUGCCGUGGCUUGAAAGCUCUGGUCAUCUGCGAGGAUUUGGGCGACUGGUGCCAGACUCCUGCAGCGCCGCUCAACUGCUCUCACCAAGACACAGUCUCCCUCCCUCUUACCACCAUCACACAUUCCUCAAUCCUGGACUCCUGGCUUCAUGUCACCAGGAGUCUUGACACGGACGGACACAGCGAAGCAGCCUCUCAGAUGAUGAAGAUAUUAAAAAGAACGCCAUGGAUUCUGGUUUAUUAUACCCAAUAAAGGUUCAUAUAGAGAUAUGUCCAGUUUAAAUUUGUACUUCUACAAAUCUACCGCCAACUUCCUCCCAGAAGAAAUGUUUUUAUCAUUUCUUGUCUCUUACAUCCUUUAAAAUAUUGCACCUAUAUAUUUGGUUCCUGAUUUAUUUAUGUAUUUUUAAUUAUCUUUUAAUCACCUUCAACAAUAAUCA